AUGGGUAAUUUAGCAUCGACGUGUUUCUAUUUGCCUAACAUCAAUCUCAAAGGUGGCACUUAUGAUGAAUUCAAUGCCAGUGAUAUCACUCAAUGCUGUAUACAGUGUGCAAGUCAACCGUGUUGUGCUGGAUACACCUACUCAAAAGCUUUAAAGAGAUGCUACAUGAAAUCAUCAAUUAACUAUUCUGAACAAGAGGAUAUGAUGAUUAGCGGCAUACGAGCGAACGCAAAUGGAGGUGUCGGCGCAAGAAUGAAAAAUGUAAAAAUUGAAGGAAGUGGCGGAAGUCGAAUAACACUUGAAAACUCUGAAGAGUGCCAGCAGUAUUGUACAGGUGAGUAA